AUGGAAUUUUUAAAAAUUAUUGAUAAAUUUUCUGGUACAUUAUCCUUUGCUAAUGUUCGAUCAUUAACCGAUGAUUUUUUAAUUGAUCGUCUCAAUUAUCGUUACACAUCAUCUUUACUUGGUGUAUUUGCUUUUAUAUGUGCUGUUCGAACAUCAUACACGGUACCUAUUAUCUGCUGGAUCCCGGCACAAAUACGACGAUAUGAAAAGGCAAUUACGGCCUAUUGUUAUGCGAAUAACACUUAUUAUGUUCCAGAUGGACAACAUGCUCCAAGAACAGCCAAUGAACGUUAUCAGGCACUGAUAUUCUAUUAUCAAUGGUUGCCAUGGAUAUUUGGUUUACAAGCCAUUUUUUUUUAUUUACCAAAAUUAUUUUGGCAAUUUUCUCUACACAAUAGUGACUACAAUGUGAGUGGGAUACUAAAGGCGGCACACAAACUUUAUUUAUUACCAGAUUUUUCUAAAAAAAAAAGUCCAACAAAAUUACAAGAGCAACAAUUGAACUAUUUACAUUCACAUUUUUUUUCAAAAAAUUUUAUACCUGUUACACCCACAACAACAACUAAACAUAGGAAACGUCUAUUACAACGACGUCAUUAUUGUUAUUUUUUUGUACUUUAUCUCGUUACAAAAUUUUUAUAUUUAGCGAAUUUAUGUGGUCAAAUACUUUUUAUUCAUCUAAUUAUCGGGUCGAAAAAUAAAGCUUACCCAAAUAUUAAAUCAAAGCAUUUUCUAACUGAGUUUAAUCAAAAACUUCAAUCGGGUAUAUCAGAAUUAAUUGACACAAGUUCAUUUCCAAAACGAACACUAUGCGAUUUUACAUUUCGUGAAUUAGCGUCAAAUCAUUAUUAUACUGUUGAAUGUAUAUUACCAUUGAAUAUAAUUGUUGAAAAACUCUACGUAUUUUUAUACAUAUGGUUUAUCCUGUUAGCUUUUCUCAUACUCGUUGAUAUUGUUCAAUGGUUAUUUCGUCUCAUACGUUUUCUUAGUGAAUCAUCUCGACUGAAAUAUAUUCAACAUCAUUUAAUUGAUCAGCAUGAUCCAAAUCAAGUACAAACGUUUGUUCAACAACAUCUGAAUUGGGACACAUAUUUUCUUUUCAAAUUAUUAUCGAAAAAUAUUUCGACAUAUGUUAUUGUCGAUAUAUUAGAAUACUAUUUUAAAACUCAAAAAAACAAGAAAAAAGACAAUUAA